AUGGCGCAAAGAGAUCCAGGACCCAUACCGAAUAGGUGGUUGAGAUGUCCACGAAAAGCAACGGGACUAAUUGCUGAUAAAUUUAUGGCUUUCAAGACACCUUUGGGGUCUCAAUUCAAUGAUAAAGUACCUGAAGAAAACCGUUUUACUCCAUCCAUGUUAUUUAUGUACAUGAAAAGUAUGAAAAUAAAGUUAGGUCUAUGGAUAGACCUGACUAACACCAGUCGAUUUUAUGACAAGAAAGAGGUUGAGGAGACUGGUUGUAAGUAUGUAAAAAUGCAGUGCAGAGGCCAUGGUGAAACACCAUCUCCAGAUCAGACUAGGGAAUUCAUCCAAUUAGUUAGCAAAUUUGUGAGUCAGAAGCCGUUAGAGUUGAUUGGGGUACAUUGUACUCAUGGCUUCAAUAGGACUGGGUUCCUACUGGUUUCCUACAUGGUGGAACAUCUGGACUGCAGUGUGCAGGCAGCCAUCAUUGAGUUUGCAAGAAUGAGACCCCCAGGUAUAUACAAACAAGACUAUUUACAAGAGUUGUUCCGUCGGUAUGAUGAAGUGGAGUUGACUCCCGCUGCUCCCAUGUUACCUGACUGGUGUCAUGAAGAAGAAGAAGAGGUCGAUGAUGAUGUCCCAAGUCACUCACAGAAUUCAUCGUCAUCAUCCACGCCACGCAAACACAAAGGCAAGGGGAGGAAAGAGACCACACACAAGAAGGCCAGUUUCAUGCCUGGUGUCCGAGGAGUGGAGCCUUUUGACACCCAACCGAGGCUCAGUGAAGUCCAGAAGAAAGCUCAACAGUUCUGCGAGUGGGACACCACUGGGUUCCCUGGCUCACAGCCCGUGUCCAUGGACACUGCUAACUUGAGGAAACUGCAUGAAAAGCCUUAUAGAGUAUCGUGGAAGGCUGACGGAGUCAGAUACAUGAUGUUGAUUGACGGCGAGGGAGAAGUGUACAUGUUGGACCGAGACAACUGCGUGUUCAAAGUUCAUGGUCUGCAGUUCCUAUACAGAAAAGAUCUGAGAAGGCAUUUGAGGAAUACUCUACUUGAUGGUGAAAUGGUAAUCGACAAAGUGGACAAUAAAGACAUACCUCGGUACUUGUGUUACGACAUUAUAAGUUUCGAGGGCGUCGACACCGGCAAGAUGGAGUUCUUCCCAACUAGACUGAAUUACAUCGAAAAUGAAAUCGUUAAUCCUAGGCACCAAGCAAUGAAGGAAGGUAUAAUCAAGAAGGAGAGGGAGCCGUUCAGUGUCCGUUUGAAGCAAUUCUGGGAAUUACCGAUGGCUCGACAGCUACUUGGCGAGAAGUUCGCCAAGACUUUGUCUCAUGAACCUGACGGCCUUAUAUUCCAGCCUUCUAAAGAGAGAUACAUACCGGGACCUUGCGAAGACGUGCUGAAAUGGAAACCAAGUAACAUGAACAGUGUAGACUUCAGACUGAAAAUUGUCACAGAAACUGGCCAGGGCCUCCUACCAACAAAGAUAGGUUACCUAUACGUAGGUAAAAUGGACCAGCCCUUUGCAUCAAUGAAAGUGACAAAGGACAUAAAACAUUUGGACAACAAAAUCAUUGAAUGCACCUUCGAGCGGGGACGAUGGGUCUUCAUGAGGGAACGGACAGACAAAUCUUAUCCUAAUAGCUACAAUACAGCUACUUCCGUCUGCGAGAGUAUAAAGGACCCAGUUACCAAGGAGAUCCUACUUGAAUACAUAGACAACCAUAGGUUCCAUGAUGACUCAGAUAUGAUGCCGCCUCCAAAGCGCAUGCGUCGAUAG